UCAUCAGGCAUGGAGCAGAACUUGUCCCUGUCUCAGAACACACAUGGGCGGGAAUGUCGGUUAUUUUAGCACAUGGGUGGAAAUGUCUGUUAUUUUAGCAUAUGUUUUGGAAAGGAAAAUAUUUAUUGUUUUUUUUCCCUCUAUUAUAGCAUUAAUGCAGUUUCUAAAGUAGUAGCUUUAGAAAACACAAUAUGCCACAUGAAGAAAAUAAAACUGACUCAUGGAUCCUCUCUCCAUCGGCAUUCAUUUAGUACUUUUAGUUGCCAUUCAUUCUUUCAGUAAAUAUUUACAGAGCCCUGCUAUGUUGUCAGACCCAUGCCAGGUACUGGGGAUUUAGGGUGAAAAACACAGUUCCUGUUUUUAAGCAGCUCACAGCCUGAGGCUGAGUAUGGAAGACAGGCACUGAACAAGUUAGAGACUGCAGUAUAUUCAUUUCCCAGGGCUGCUGAGACAAAAUAGCACAAAGAAGACAGCUCAGAGCAGCCUGGAUCUGUUCUCCCACAGCUCUGGAGGUUGGGAGUUGGAAAUCAAAGUGUCUGGCAGGUCAAUUCCUGGUGGCUACUGGCAAUCCUUGGCUUGUUGACUCCAGCCUGGACUUACAUACCGUUCUUCCUUUGCCUCUGUUUAGUGCUGUCUUCCCGCAGGGGAUCCAAGCUGGAGUAGGGACAGCCCCACCCCCAAUCACCUUUCAAGAUGACUUUAAUCACAUCUGCAAAGAUCACAUUUUCAGUCCAGGCCACAUUCAAGGUCCAGGGCCUCAGGACUUUAACUGUAACAUUCAAGGACUGACCAGAGUUCUGGACCAGCAAGAGGGGACUGGCUUUGUCCUGGAAAAUUGCUAGGAAUGAUGACCUUCAAGGGGGAACUGAGGGAAGAGCAGGAAUCAGACCCUGUCAUUGCAUUUCUUCCCCCUGGAAGCCUGCCCUGACUGCCUUUACCUCCUUUUCUGAAAAUUGGUAUCUCAGCAGAAGUAGCGCUUUGUGCAGAUUCCCGCGGGGGUGUGCUGUGGAGAGAGCACAGCCCCUUGUGAUGCGGAGCACCACACCCAGACUCAGCAGCUUGAAUUGCCUGAAGUCCUGCCAUCCUGGGGACCAUGUUUAACGGGGAGCCUGGUCCAGCCUCGGCUGGGGCCUCCAGGAAUGUAGUAAGGAGCUCCAGCAUCAGCGGUGAGAUCUGUGGAUCCCAGCAAGCCGGAGGUGGGGCCGGCACCACCACAGCCAAGAAACGGCGCAGCAGCCUGGGCGCCAAGAUGGUGGCUAUCGUUGGCUUGACCCAGUGGAGCAAAAGCACACUGCAGCUCCCCCAGCCUGAGGGGGCCACUAAGAAGCUUCGCAGCAACAUUCGACGGAGCACAGAGACUGGCAUUGCUGUGGAGAUGCGGAGCCGUGUAACCCGCCAGGGCAGCCGGGAGUCCACCGAUGGGAGCACCAACAGCAACAGCUCCGAGGGCACGUUUAUUUUUCCCACACGGCUUGGAGCUGAAAGCCAGUUCAGUGACUUUCUGGAUGGCCUGGGACCAGCCCAGAUUGUGGGGCGACAGACACUGGCCACACCCCCCAUGGGAGAUGUGCACAUUGCCAUCAUGGACCGGAGUGGCCAGCUGGAGGUAGAAGUGAUUGAAGCUCGGGGCCUGACCCCCAAACCAGGCUCCAAAUCCCUCCCAGCCACCUAUAUCAAGGCUUACCUGCUGGAGAACGGAGCAUGUGUAGCCAAGAAAAAGACAAAGGUGGCCAAGAAGACUUGCGAUCCCUUUUACCAGCAAGCUUUGCUCUUUGACGAGGGGCCCCAAGGCAAGGUUCUGCAGGUGAUCGUCUGGGGAGACUACGGCCGUAUGGACCACAAGUGCUUCAUGGGUAUGGCCCAGAUCAUGCUGGAUGAGCUGGACCUGAGUGCUGCGGUCACUGGCUGGUACAAACUCUUCCCCACAUCCUCUGUGGCCGACUCCACACUCGGAUCCCUCACCAGGCGCCUGUCUCAGUCCUCUUUGGAGAGUGCCACCAGCCCCUCGUGCUCCUGAGGACCUCGAUGAGGACAAGAGGCCAGGGGCUAUUGGGGAAUGGGAGCCUGCUGGCCCCACCACCUCCUGUACAUAGUCUCCAUGUCCUUCUGGACCCCUUACCCUGCUGCAUGCCUGUUAGCCACUGGGCUUGUCCCAGCUGGCAGUGGAGACUGUCGUGUGUGUCUGUGUGUCUGUGUGUGUGUCCACAUAUCUGUUCAUUUGUCUGUGUAUAAUCAGUCCUGGUGAUCACAUGGACUAUAUAGUCCACAUCUCUGUAUCUUGUUGGAGAGAACCCGAAGGAGCAUCGUGCGGACACUUGUUGCCUAUGGAGUCUCCAGGGGUGGAAAUAGGGGAUGUGGCCACUGGUGGGCCUUGCUUAGUCCCUGCCCUGUUGUCUUAUGGUCUCCACUUGCUUUUCUGUCUUGUCUUUUUCUUUGCCUCUCCCAGCAUUGCUGCUUUUUUGAGGAAUGUAGCAUCCAUUGCAGCUGACCACAUCUGGUUCCGUCUAGGAAUCUACAUCUCUCCUCCUCAGCACAGCCACGCUGGUGGUCAUCCCAUUUGAAUGCACUCCACAGCAUGUAGCAUGCUCACUCAGUGCCCUAGCUGGAGCCCCAGGACAGAGGGUGUCUGGGGAGGAGAAUGCUGGCCAGACACACUAGAGGAUGUACUGGGACCUCUCUUCCCCUGGAGUGUUCCAACAUGCCAAAGGAGCUCCCCAGUGGACCCAGGAGGUUGCCUGUUGAAGAAGCUGGCCUUCUCAGGCAUCAAAGUGGCCCUCUCCCCCUUUGGGGUUAUUCCUGAGGGGACAUGGCUUGGUAAGAGGCGCCAUGGGUAGGGCUACUUGCUGGAGAAAGAAGGGCUAAGGCUAAUUUGUUUUGAGCCACUGUCAGGAAACCUGUCUGACCUGGGAUUAGCUGCAUGAAGCUGUUCUUUCAGGGUUCUGCUUUCUUUGCUCAUCUGUAGACACCAGACCCCAUCUGGAGUUCUGACACAUCAGGGCUCCAGCCUCCUAGCUCUGUGGGCAGCCUGGCUCUGCACUCAAGGGUGCCUCAGUCACCAGCUCUGUACCAGCAAUACUCACCCCUUCACCUCCCUGACUCUCUUGAGUGGGCCCCUGCUCUAGGCAGUAGCCUGCACCGGGCAUCCCAGCUGCCUCUGCUUUACCACCCCCUUCCCUUGCUGGCUGGGGCACCUCCCCACCACUGAGAACACGGUUGGAGGGACUAGUGCCUGGGCCAGAUCCCAAGAGAGCUGUUGUGAAUACUGAAGGCUGGCUCCAGAAUACUGCAUCUGUUCCUCCCCUCCUUAGCUAUAGGGUGGAAUUGGAGGCUGCCUGGGAGAUGGCAAAACAGCCCUGGUCCAUGUCUAGUAGGAGGCAGGAGCCAGGGGAUGGGUAGGGGAUGGGGAAGACUCUCUUUCUGCCUCUCUCCUAGCCCAUGCCUCUAGCAUAAGUGCCUAGGCAGGGAGAGCUAUGGAGGUAACUGUGAAGAAGCCUUGGCCUGUAUGUGAAUCCCAUUUGUACCAAAGCUGGGUUGCACAAAGCUGUCCCAGCCCCAAGGGCCCCCCUAGAGUCAGAGUUCUGCACUCACUUUCAAAGAAAAGCAGUGAAGAAGCCCCCAUGCAAACUGGGGUGAGGAAGAGGAUGGUGAGCAGACUGAGGAUGUGUCCGAGAGCAGGCAGGAGAGUGAGGUGGGGGCCAGUUCUCUUGCCAGCCUUUCUGGCUGGGGAGGAUAUAUAAUGUAUCUCCCAUAUCACUAGAUAUGGGGCAAAGUGCUCUUGGCCUCCGAGCCUUAGUGGGUUGAGGGCAAGGAGGAAACAGCUAGCAAAAGGCUGUUCUUGUCUUGCUUGAGGGGUGUGCCCCUUUAAAGCAGUUACCGGCUUUAAAGCCGUUUAAAGUGGAGGCGUGUCAGUGACCCACUGACAACACAGACCUUUACAGAUGUGAUGUUGAGUCACUCCCAGAAGUGGGAGCUGCCGGCAGAGUGUCCCUCGCCUCUUAGGAGGGUCAGCACAGGGGAUACUCUAGCCAGAGGAGGGACCGAUGUGCUGGGAACUCAUGCUGACCUGCCUACAGUCAGAGGCUGUAAACUACCUAAGAGGUGGGCACUUAGCUGUCCCACCUCCAUGGAAGAUAAUCCCCCUCCCCAAUUGAUUUUGGGGAAUUCCUCUUUUUAACACUGAGUAAUCCCUUCUAGAUGCUUGCUCACACGUGUGGGUUGUGUAAGGCUAGUAUGUACAUGUGAUAGGGAGGCUGGGCUUAAAGCUCUGUUUCUUGGCAUGCUGGAUUCGGGGCUGCACUGGGAUGCCAUUCCAGAAGCAGGUAUAACCAAGUGUGACUCUUGCCUGGGCUGAGGGCGAUCUGCCCUUCGAGGAAGGACAUUGGGUCAAGAAGUGACUGGGUCCUUGUGAAUUCCCUUACCAACAGGCCACCUCACAUAACCCCUUGCUCCGGGUGUCAGUGGUUGCAGGAGUGGGAUUUGGUCAUCCCAUUGCCUCUAGGCAGGCCAGAUUCGUAGUGGAUGUGGCUGGGGCAGGAGCAGCCCUGCAGCGAUGCUGGGCUGUGGGCAGGGGCAGUGAUAAAUGACUCAGAGCAUAUGUCUCUGUAUUUCUGCCCUGCUCAGCCUGUCCCACUUUUUAAUAGAUUCCUUUCCUACAAGGAAAGCAGAGAUGGGACUCUGUGAUAUGAAUUGUUCUCUAGGAAAUGGGCCAAGUCUUGGUUUGACAGGGACAUUUGAUCCUUUCGGAAAGAACCAGUUCCAAAGGCGCUCUCAUCCAGCCUCCCAUCCCACCGGGCUCUGAGCAUCACCUCUUCAGCAGGUCCCAGCAUGCUAUGGGGUGGAGGCAGAGCUGAGAGAAGCUCCGAAGAGGCAAGGGUGGUGGUGCCUGGAUGGUUCUGCCCUUGGGGACUCGGUGCCUGGAGCACUGGGGUCAAGCUAACUCUCCCGGGGGCUCGACCCCCAACCAGGGAAGCAUGCCAGCUCUUCCUUUACUGCCAGCCUGGGAGAGACCAGCACCCUCCAUUUUUGUUUUUGUUUUAAAGACCACUGAGCCCUCCCGGGGCAUUUCUUUGAAGAUGAAAUGUAGCACAAUCCUCAACUGUGUUCCCAGGAGCCCUGGCAUUCCCAGAGCUCCUGAUACCUCAUGUUCUCCAUCGCCCUUGGCCUAGGAGGCAGUAGUGCCCUAGCAAGGCUGCUCUUCUGUGUUUCUCCGAUUGCGUCCAGCACUGUGCAGACUCUUAAGAAGUCACUUCCUUUGCCCAAGGUUGCUCUCCACCGGGUAGGGAGAUGUGGUACUUCAUGUGGUGGCCUGAAGCUUGUCCAGCAGCAUUUCUGUAGUGGCCACAGGGAAGUGGACAAGAAGAGCCCUGCUUUUCUGCCACCACCUUUUCUCUCCCACACCUCAGUUGUUGUCUGUAAUUAUCUGACACAUACAGACAUUCUUUUGAACACACCCCCUCUCCUUCGUCGUCGUCUUCUGAUGGAUGAUCAGAGAGGAGAUGGAAAUUCAGACUCCUUCCCUGCCUUCUCCCUCCAGUCUGCUUCUAGCCCAGGUCCGAAGAGUUCAGAAGAGGCUAGGGAGAUCAACCACCAUCAGAGAGCAGGGGAGCCCUGCCAAGUCAGCCUGGCCUGGCUGGGAAAGGGUCAUUUGGAGAGUGCCUGAGCAUCUCGGAGCAAUGUCAGUGAUGCCAAAGAGAGUGACUUGGCCUCCAUGGGCAGCAGCUCUGUCAGUGGAGCUAGACGAACACAGCUCAAAUGGUGGCGUGCCCAAAGGAGGGUCCUUGUUCUCUGACAAAGGGCUUAAUCUUUCCAUGUAGCAAAGCAACUCCCCUCCCCCAACCCUGAGCAUGGGCUUCUAUGGGCCCAGCAUGGCUGUGCCUAUAAAAGAAGCCACAGAGGCGAGAGACCUUAUCUCCUCCCUGUCUGUCUUAGCAAGUGCUCCUUGAAAAAGCCUGUGUUGCUGCUUUGGAGAAACCAGCUCUGGCUGGACACUGAGCAGUAAGGACAGGGCCUUGGGCCUGCAAGGAAGUCCAUAUUGAUGCCAGGAAGGGUCCCUAGGCCUGAGAAUUCCAGGGACAACUGAGCAUCUGCCCCAUUAGCCAAUGACCUGGACAGGGAUGGCUGCUCUGUACUUUUUUGUUUCUCCUUCCUUCCUUCCUUCCUUCCUUCCUUCCUUCCUUCCUUCCUUUCUUUCUUUCUUUCUUUCUUUCUUUUUGCCAGAAACUGUGACCGUGUGUGAGGUAUCUUACUGGGCCUCAGCGUCCUCAUCUGUAAAAACCAGGGCAUUCAGUGGUUGCUCCAUGGCCCCUCCAGGCGUUGUAAGUCUAUGGCUUGGAGUUGCUGAGGUGGUGAGGGGCCACUUUCAUCCCCCUUGGUUCUCACGCUGGGAGCCCGUCCUCAUUUGGUCCAUGCCCAGAUGCUGCUCCUGAAAAGCCCAGAUGUAGUUUCACCUCUUUGUGGUUUGCCCUCCUCCUACCACUCUCUCUGGUCUUGGUGAGAAAUAACCAAGGGUUGUCUAUGGUGGACAGUUUCCAAGGUGCCGUAAUGUCACCACCAAGGCUGAAUCCUGAGUAGGUCCAUGUCUCCACCAGCAGACAAUCUGGGCCAUACAUCAUUCUGCUCUAGACAGUCCAGGAAGAGUGGACACUCAGAGCCUUUUAAAGGAAUUCUCUCUGAUGGGAUGAGAGAGGGAAUACCCUUCCAAAUAUUUGGCUUUUUAAAACCACUUCUUCCCAAAUUUCUUCUCCCAAACUUUCUCUCUCGGAAGGCAGAGUGACUGCUUCCUCAGGGAACGCAGACCUGAGACUUCUAGCAACUCCUGUAGCAGUGAGGACUCACAGAAGGCAGGAACCCCUUUUUUAGAAUUUCCAAAUGCAUCCUGCAAAGAGAGCGAGAGCAAGAGUGAGAGAGAGAGCUGUUAGGGACUGACAAGCACACUGUUUAGAUAAAAAGCAAUUAGCCUUUUCUAUUUGAGCUCUCUGCAGCAUCUUUCCAAACUGUGGCUCCUGGGUGGCAGUGGACAGCUGGGAGGGAAUACCGGCUGCCUCAGGUGAUGUCCUUGCCAAUCCCCCUGAGGAGAAAAUUCUUCACAUGGCUUCUGCAUGUACAGUAUUUGGGCAGAAAAAAAAAUAAAGUCCAUUUGAAAUUGG